AGCGACGUUUUCUUCGCUUUUGGUUUGUAUCGAUUGUGAUUAUGCCAAACUACAUGCCUGAUUCUAUUAAUAGUACUGUUGAGAGUGCCACUCUGAAGACUCAGAAGAUGGUUGAUGAUUUCAAGAAGACGGAUACUGGGAAGAAAGUAAGCCGCUCAACUAGUGCGGCUUUGGGAAGUGUCUACUCUUUCGUCGACUCUCUCUUGAGUAGAGGUGAGGAGUUGGUUGAUCGUUUACUCCCUGAGCCUCAGUCAUCUGCUGAAGCCUCUACUGCAAGUCCUCAUAGCUCACAUGAUGCUGAUGGGGUGAGCCCUUUCAGUCGGGCUCUAUCUCUGGGCUCGACCGUCUGCUCUCGAGUUCAUGCUCGUGCUACUAACAAGGUCUAUGCGUUUGGUAGCAAUGUGAGUGUGUCUUGCGAGAAGGUUUAUGCUAACGUGGUGGAUUAUUUCGAGACUUACUUGAGGUCUUUCCAAACUAUCUUAUCCUAUGUGAAAGACACUUUUCCCGCGCUGCAGAUUGCUGAAGAGGAUUUUCUAGCUAUUCGCAACAAGGCCACUGAGUGGUGGGCUGCUUUUGUCGAGCGUGUCCAGAAGGUUUUUUAUGAGAAUAAGGAGGCCGCUCAGACCUCUAUGAAAAAAGGCGAAGAUGCUGUUCAUCAGUACACUACGCAGGCCAAGGAGACUGCUGCUAAGUACUCUGCUGAUGUGAAGGAAAGAGCCACCAAGGCUAGAGAGACUGCGACCAUGUAUGCCACUGACGCUAAGGACACUGCUAGCAAGUAUGUUGCCGGUGCUAGGGAGGCUGCUGAGAAGUACGCUGCUGAUGCUAAGGAUACUGCCAGCAAGUAUGCUGUUGAUGCUAAGGAGACUGCUGGUAAAUACGCCGCUGACGCCAAGGCGACUGCCGACAAAUACUAUCAAACUGCUACUGAUAAGGUGAAUGCUACUAGUAAGUGAAUGUCGCAGGUUUCAUCAUAAAACAAAUAUUAUUUUGGUGGGGUUCGUGGAACCCACCUGAUUUGUAGCAGCCACUUGUGCUGCACGGUACGGUUGAGUCUCAUGAGUGGACUUACGUUACCUAUAU